CCCGAACCGUCCCGCCAUUCGGCGGCCCCUCUCGAAAAUGUCUUCGUACUCACGCAUACCGCCGCUCCUACAACCCCACACUCGUCUUCCGACCGAUGACUCCAUUCUCCUUGUCACGAGCACCCUCGGCGCCAGCGCGAAUUGGCUGAUAAUACGGUUCCUAUGCGAAGCGCUUGGCCGUGACCGCACAGUUCAGGGAGCAGCAGAUGAUGGUGCAGUACCUUCGGAGGGGAAAGAAGAUGUCGCCGUUGUAUUGGUUAGCUGGCUGAGGGACUGGGGAUUCUGGAAAAACGAGGCUAGGAAAGGUGGAGGUUUGGAUCUGGAAAGAUUGAAGAGGGAUAAGAGGCUGGCUUUUGUGGACGGCUUGACGAAGAUGUGUCUUGCGGAUUUACAUGAAGGGAAGCCUGAGAGUGCGCAGACUCCGAUUGAGAGGUUCCAAGGGCCGCAUCAGAGAACGCCUCUGCCCACGGGGAGGGCACAGCCUACUGUGUUGCCAGUACGAGGACCGCCGGGAAGAAUAAACGCCAGGAUACCUGGGCCCACGGCAGGGACCUCGAUCGCAGAUCCCGCGUCAAUGAGUUCUAUACAUCAAGGACCCGUCGCACAAUUCUAUAUCACAUCCCCCACACUCAAGGAUGUUCGAAGCGCAAUUGAAGGCGCCAUACGGCAUGUGGAAUCCACGGGUACACAACGGAAGACAUUAUUGAUACUGGAUACACCCUCGUUCCUUCUUGCGAGUAACCCCGACAUCACUACCUACGCCCUUUCCGCAGAGGUUCUCCACCUCCACAAAUUCACGUCGCACAUUCUGGUUCAUGUGCCGGCAGAUGACGCACUCAUAUCACUCUCGGAACCGUCACAGCCGAUUGAGGUGGAGGGAAACAAUUUCCUCGUGAAGAUGGCGCACAUGAGCACGAGAAUAUUGAGUUGUAGAGUUUUGGAUACCGGAUAUGCGAAGGAUGUUAGUGGAGUAUUAAGGAUCACUGAAAAUGCCUCAGCCCGGACGCUGGACUUGCUGAAUACUGAAAGAGAUGGAGAUGAGCGACGUGGCAGAGAGUUGUUAUACUUGGUUAAGGGAGAUGGCAGCGUCAAAAUGUUUGAACGUGGUGCGGGUGGUGACAUCUAGGAUCCUGAUAACCCGAAUAGUAGGAUUGAUCCCGAACAGAGUUGCCCUUUCUGGAUUACCCAGUGAUGCCUCGCGGCUCGGGCGCGACGAGGCUUGAUUACUGUUGAUUCAUUCGUGACAGAACAUGAUGAAAUUUUCCAUGGUUAUGUCGCACGAACCCAGAAGACCUCUUGUGUUUCGUCUGGACCGAUAUAAAGCAACCGGGAUAGCAUGAAACGCCCCGAGUAAUGACCUCGCUGUGAAAAGGUG